AUGGACAUCAACACCAAGGUGAAAAAGGUUUACAACAGGAGGAAAGCAAUUAGCAGUGGGUGCCUUGCUGAUGAACACAAACAUAGCGUAGUGCACACUGGAGAGAAACCCUAUGAAUGUCACACCUGUAGGAAAGCCUUCACUCAGCCAUCUUCUCGUUCCUCACAUGGGAGAAUACACACUGGAGAAAAGCCCUAUGAAUGUCGCACCUGUGGGAAAGCCUUCAAUAAGCCAUCUCAGCAUGCCAGACACGAGAGAACACACACUGGAGAGAAACCCUAUGAGUGUCGCACCUGUGGGAAAGCCUUCACUGAUCCAUAUUCUCGUUCCUCACAUGAGAGAAUACAUACUGGAGAGAAGCCCUAUGAAUGUCGCACCUGUGGAGAAGCCUUCACUUACUCAUAUCAACGUGCCACACACGAGAGAACUCACACUGGAGAGAACGCCUAUGAAUGUCGCACCUGUGGGAAAGCCUUCACUCAGCCAUCUCACCGUGCCAGACACGAGAGAAUACACACUGGAGAGAAACCCUAUGAAUGUCACACCUGUGGGAAAGCCUUCAGUGAUUCAUCUCAACGUGCCAAACAUGAGAGAAUACACACUGGAGAGAACCCCUAUGAAUGUCGCACCUGUGGGAAAGCCUUCAAUCACCCAUCUCACCGUGCCCGACACGAGAGAAUACACACUGGAGAGAAACCCUAUGAAUGUCGCACCUGUGGGAAAGCCUUCACUGAUUCAUCUCAACGUGCCAAACAUGAGAGAAUACACACUGGAGAGAAGCCCUAUGAGUGCUGCACCUGUGGGAAAGCCUUCAAUCAGCCAUCUCAGCGUGCCAGACACGAGAGAACACACACUGGAGAGAAGCCCUAUGAAUGUCGCACCUGUGGGAAAGCCUUCACUGAUCCAUCUUCUCGUUCCUUACAUGAGAGAAUACACACUGGAGAGAAACCU